AAUUGCUAGAACAGCUAGCAUUAGAAUCAGGCUGUAUACUAACCUGGGAUAAGCAUAAUCCUGAGGAAGAGACAUGGCAGCCUAAUAAUAAAUACGAAAAGAAUCAACCAAGCCUAGAUGAAGCAUAUAGUGAUAAUGAGAAUGUUGAAACUUGGUGGCUACCCAAAGAAGAUGAUUGUAUAGCCGACCAAGAUUGGGAAAAUAAUUGGUAUGAUGAUGCUAAAGAAUGCAAAGUGUUUAUGAUAAAAGUAAAGAAUGGUGACUCAGAGAAGAAACUAUCAAAAAGCACAGAGAGAAGAUUUGUAAUUGAAAAAUAUUGGAAGGAAUUAGAAUACCGAAAAUUAGUCUUAGAAGCAUUUGAGUCAGAUGAUGAAUCUACCCAAAGCAGAGAUGUGGUAAUAAUGAGAGAAACAGUGUCAGAAAAUUGUAAAGAAAAUACUAACCCAGAAACUGACGAAAAAGAAAAUGAUGAAUUUUGA